GCGACUCGAGGAAUGACUUUAGAUUUACUUGAAUUUGUACCCCGACCAGCCAAGACCUAUCAUCUUAAGCUAUAAAACCAAUUGUAACGUUUAAAAACGUUUACUGUUUUAUUUUAAAGUAAAAUCGUAAGAUCAAAUACAAAGGCUUAAAAGGAAGCAGAGACGAAGAAGUUAACUAAAAGGAAGGAACCGCAAUGCAACAGAACCUGACUAGCGCGUCUACAAUCUACGUGGCGGCAACCCUCCAUAUUUUCAAAUGUGAUGCACCGGUUGUCCCCUUACAACAAGGUACCGUCUGGAGGACCAAUGGCGUUUUCAAACUGGCUCACGUCAUCAAUCUAGGCCGCAUGCAGCAACUCAUCGACCAGGUAGCAAACGAGGCUACGAUAAUCACCGAUCAACAUAUUGGCGCUUUGGUUGGCCACUAUCUGCAGCGCGCUUCGGAUGGAACCUCGCGCAUGGAUAGCGCACCAACGCGGAGACAACGCUCAAUCGAUUGGCUAGGAUCAGCCUGGAAGUGGGUCUUGGGAUCACCGGACAAAUCGGAUUGGAAUGCCAUCUUGAAAGAGGAGGACAGCCUGCUGAACUUGCCAACUAGGAAAGACUGGAGUGGUCAACACGAAUCUCUUGGAUCACGACGAGAUCAAUAUGAUAUUGGCGGAGGUGGACAGCCUGCCUUAUCAAAACGUCGUUGAGGCAGUCGAAUUUUCCAGACACAAUCCUUACAAACGGGACUACUCUUUUGUACAUCCUGGCGAUGCCCAAGGUAGUAGAGAGGAAGUACCGAUUGAUGAGGAUCUACCCAACGACAUCCGACGGUAAACAAGUUGUGCUAAAAUACACCACACUGGCGAUGGACAGCCUGGAAACAUACGCCCUUCUCGGAAAUUGUGUAUCCAUUGGUAACACAGCAGUCUGCCGAGAAAAGGACUUGCUUAAAUUGGAGGAGGACAGUUGCAUACCCAGACUAUUGAAAGGAGGCCAAGCCGAAUGUGACUACCUGAGGACCAACCAGGAAACAGUGGAGCUCAUCGACGACUUGAAUUUGUACCCCUGACCAGCCAAGACCUAUCAUCUUAAGCAAUAAAACCAAUUGUAUCGUUUAAAAACGUUUACUGUUUUAUUUUAAAUAAAAUCGUAAGAUCAAAUACAAAGGCUUAGAAGGAAGCAGAGACGAAGCAGUUAACUAAAAGGAAGGAACCGCAAUGCAACAGAACCUGAUUAGAACUACAAACAUGAAUAAAAAAAUGGAAAAUAGUAUUUCAGAUGGAGCACAAAAAGAACUCCAAAACAUUAAUAAAAAAGAGGUUGGCAAAUUUUCUCUUGAUUUGUAUGAUGAUGAUGAUGAUGACGACGAUGUAAUCCUUUAUGAUGAUGAUAAUCCGGAACCAUGUAUUCCAAGAUCAUCUAGUGAGGAUGAAACUAUUGUUGUUGAGGGUUGUAUAGAUAACUAUGUUCAAACUAUACCGUUUAAUUUAGGUGAGGAUAAUGAUAAAUACAUUAAAUCAAUUCCUUUAAGUGAUGAUGACAAUAAAGUGAAUAGAUUGGAGGGUGGUAUAGAUAACUAUAAUCAAACUAUACCACUAAAUAUAGAAAAAAGUAAGCAAAUUGAAUGUAAU